GACGGUGUCUGCUCUUGUACCGGGGGAAGGUGCCCUCCGUUCUCAGCCAUGGGAGGUGUGGGGCAGACACUCUGUCCUUUCACACCCUCGGGACAAUGGCUGAGAGCUGCUGUGUGACCUUAGUCGCCUUGUCUGUCUCGUUGUCUGGAGGAAGCCCACGUGCACGGGGCUGGUUCGGUCCUGAAUCUGACCCAGCGGGUGCCUCCUGGUCUUCCAGGACAAGCCGUUCUCUAAGCGACACGCCACACCAAGCCUUGCGACAGGCCCUUCCCGGCAUUGUCCCGGCACAGGACGCUUGCUGAGCUCCCUUCUCAGGAAGCACGAGUGAGGUGAUGCCUGCGGCGUGAGAGACUCGGGGGCCGCGGGAGGAUUUCUACAGCAGCCUGGGCUUUGAGGGCCAGGCAAAGCCUUUGGGCGCCCGAGGGAACGCAGGGACGUGGACGGGUCUACGCGUUGAGCGACUCCGCUUUCCCCGCACCGGCCGGGGCAUGAGGAGCGGCGGCGGGGUGCGGAGGGCGCCAGAGGCCUCCUCACCCACAGGGGGCGCUGCGCGGCGGACGCGCCUCUGUGCCCGAUGUGCCUGGUCGUUGGCGCGUCCUCUCCCAGCGUCCCCGGCGGCGGUAGCGGCGGCUGUUCCUGCUUGGUGACCUUCGCUGGCAGCUCGCGCGCUCCCCGCUCUAACGAUGUUGCAGAAUAUGAUUCCAAAGUCAUGGAGACCCAUGAAAUUCUACUUCACUACAGUGUAUCAAGAAAUAUGGGUUGGUGUAGCAAUAACAGCUUAUGUCUAUUACAAAAUUUCAUAUGGUGGCAAAAAAGCAGUGGAAAGCAAGUCCUCUGGUGGCCAUCAUUAAAGACCUCUUCUCUUCUUGGAGUAUGAAUUUGUUGGUUUGUCAUCUUUACUGUAAAUGAAGCAAGUUACAACCAUAGGGAAGUUAAUUCCAAAACUGUAUCUGAUCCAUCUGCUGUAAUUACAGGAGGAAUAAAUCCAUUGAGCAACAAGGAAUUAAACAUGUUGGACAAAGUA